AUGAGUGAAAGUUGGAGACAGCCUUUCAUUGAAUUACAGAAAGUGUAUUAUGUUGCUUUAUGUGUCCUUGGAAUUCCAGGAAAUCUGUUCGCUGUCUAUAUUAUCUGCUGUCGAGCGUGUGGCUUGUCAAGAACCACAACGAUUUAUUUGGUUGCCCUGGCUGUAUCGGACACUCUGUGCCUGAUCUGCGCAGGUAUUUUGAACCUAACCAAGUUAUGGCUGGGUCCGGAUUCCAGCUGGGUCUAUACCAGUUGGUGGUGUGCUUCCAUCGUGUUGGAGUAUGGCACAGUCCUCCUUUCCGUCUGGAUUAUCGUGGCCUUCACCAUUGAAAGAUAUGUCGUGUUAUUCAACAAGAGACUGAAGUUCCACAUAGCCAAGCCAAAGAAUACUCUGUGGAUAGUUCUGGGAGUUGUGCUGCUCUCUUAUACGUUGACCACUCUCGCUUUUUUAAUGAAUAAGUUUGCAAAGCACUCUGUCGCAGCAACUGCCUGGGUGUCAAGGAACUACACCAGCGACGGGCGGAAGGAAUGUGCCCUCUUCAACAACACCUUCUGCCCCACAUCCGUUUGGCUUCACACCAUCAUAUCUGGCGGAAUUCCUUAUCUCCUGAUCCUGGUCUUCAGCAUUCUGAUUGCCUGCCGGUUACAUUACAAAACCAAGAUCCACUCGGAAUUCGAAAAUGCCACGUUCAAGGUCACCAGGAUAAAAACCAGGAGGUCGGCGCAGAUCCUGCUUGCCGUCUCCUUUGCCGCGGUUGCUCUCGGCCUCCCCAGGUUCAUUACCGAAUGUCUGCCAACCGACUUGGGGGGUGUAAAUUACUUUGAUUACAGCGUCGUGACGAACGUGGUGCCCGACACUCUCUUCAUGCUCCAGUGGUUUAAUUCGGCAAUCAACUUCUGGCUUUUCUCCUCUGCGUCAUCUGCCUUUCGAAAGGAGUUCAUGACAAUCCUCGCAUUCAGUAGCUGUCGGGAAAAGCCUCCAGCGAGUGUAUCGACUGUGCCGGUCAACACUCUGAAGAACGUGUUCCAAACUAAGUACUGCUUCACAAAAUGA